AUGGUUCAAAAGCUUUUCGAUAUGUUGGAAUGGCACAACGUGCACACACCGCUUUUUCUUUCGACUUGGCUCUUGGCGAUAAUUUUAUGUAAAAUUUUUUUCCAUCACAAUCAUAAAAUUGCAAGCAAAUUUCCCGAGUCGGCUUUGUUAAUCGUUUUGGGUUUGAUUGUGGGAUUUAUCGUUGAUCAAAUAUGGCUUCUCGAUGUAUAUAUGCAUCCAGAUCUUUUCUUUCUCUACCUCCUCCCACCAAUCGCUCUCGAUGCCGGUUAUUUCCUACCAAAUUCGGCAUUUUUCUCAAAUUUUUGGACAAUAAUUCUGUAUGCUGUAGCUGGAACAAUAUUCAACAUACUAACGAUAGGUGGCACAAUUUGGAUGUUCGAGAGUUGGUAUGAUCACCAUUUGGGGAUUCUCGAUAUAAUGCUUUUCUCGACUCUCAUUUCAGCCGUUGAUCCAGUUGCUGUGCUUUCCGUUUUUGAAGAAAUUCAUGUCAAUCAAUUGCUCUACAUUUGUGUCUUCGGGGAAUCGCUGCUGAACGAUGCGGUAACAAUUGUGCUCUAUCAUUCUUUCAUUGGCAUGGUGAAAAUCGGGCCUGCGAACAUUAUGAUUACUGAUUUUCUCAUGGCUUUUCUGUCUUUUUUGAUGGUUUCUAUGGGUGGAGUGUUGAUCGGACUUGUCUUCGUCUGCAUCACGGCGAUUAUGACCAAACUCUCAGUUGUCGUGCCAGUCGUUCAACCACUUCUCUGCUUGGUGCUCCCAUUCUUAUCCUACCUCAUCGCUGAAAGUGUCCACUUGUCUGGGAUUCUAGCCAUUGUCACUUGUGGUCUCCUCAUGAAGCCCUACAUUGCAGGAAAUCUCAAUGAGCAAUCCUUGACCACUGUUAGAUAUUUUCUGAAAACGAUCACAUCAAGUUCCGAAGCAAUUAUUUUCGUUUUCCUUGGAAUGUCGACAUUUUCAAAAAGGCACAUCUGGGACAUUCUGUUCACAACGAUCACCGUUAUCGCGUGUAUUCUCUGGCGAUUUGUAGGAGUCUACCUAUUUACAUGGAUCGCCAACAAGAAAAGAGUCAGCAAAAUUGGGUACCUCGAUCAAUUCAUUAUGGGAUACGGUGGAUUGAGAGGUGCAAUCUGUUACGGUUUGGUGAUGACUCUAGAUGAGAAGAUUAUUCCAACAAAAGAUAUGCUUGUUACAACAACAGUAGUUGUCAUUGUGAUCACUGUAUUUGUACAGGGUACCACAAUUAAACCGCUCGUCAAGUUGUUGGGCGUGAAAACGCAGGAACCCGCAGCAAAAAGUUUAGCUCAACAAAUCGUUGACCAUAGUCGUGACGAUAUGAUGACCGGAAUUGAAGCAAUUGUUGGGAUAAGAGGAUCUAAUUAUUGGCGUCAUUCUAUUACGGAAUUCAACAACAAAUACAUUCAACCGGUAUUGAUGAGAAAACCGAGAACAAGAGGGAGAAAACUCCUUGAACAGUACACGACACUCACUGGCGAGGAACAGAAAAGAAAACUUUUGCAGUCGUUUCGAGUU